AAAAUGACAUAAUUAUAAUGUGUCAAAAAUGUCAGGUUUAAAAAUCAUUUUAAAUUAGAUCAACGUGAAUUAGUUAAAUUCAACCAAAAUCAGUUUCAAUUUGAAAUAUAUCUAUAAAAUAAAGCAAUAAAAAUGUGUGACGACGAUAUAAGAAAGAAAAUCGAAAAAGAAUGCGCAUGCGCAGACUAUCAACCUCCAUGUCUAUCGUUGUUCGAUAGAUUAGCCAUACCAAAAGGAGAGAGAGUUUUGGGAGUAUACAAAUGCCAUGCUUACCACAUGUCCAAACCUAGGGUGGAACUCAUCAAAUCCAGACUACAAGAACUGUACUCCAUGACGCCCGAGGAAACUGAAAGAUACUUCCAAGAGGCGCUGGAGAAGGCGAGGAAGCUAGCGCUUAGAAGGAAAUUGCGGAGGAAAUUGAGAGCCGAAUUUCUGAGACGAAGAAGGAAAGCUCAAGAAGAUUGCGCCUACAAAUUCGCUUAUAAAUUGCUUGUGAAGAGUAUGCGGUUCGCGGCUAGAAAUCCUGUUCCUCCUUUGGUUUGUGUUAGGCUGAGGAAUUUAUCGGACAUUGUCUUGGAACAAUUUUGUGACCUGCGAAAUAUAAAUCAUCCCGAAAGGGAAGAUCCCGACAAAACUGGAUUGUUUAUGAUGACUAUCGCCGAUUGGUUCGCUAUAGCCAUUGAAAUUAUUUAUUACGCGGUGCAAUAUAAGAAAAAUAAAGAAUUGGAAGAACUGGAAAGGCAAGAAGAAAGGGACCAAAUGAAGGAUAAAAGUGAAUCGACUGAUGAAUUGGUGAUUCAAACUACGGAACCAAUCCCAGAUUUGGAUUGUAAAUAGUUGUGGAUUGUUUAUAAUAAACGUCUUCGUUAAUUU